AUGACGCGCGCGGCCGCACCGCCGAUUCUGCUGCAGCUACACAGCUCGGAGUCGGUAUCCUCACAGAUUAAUGCCCUGCGCACCCUCAAGAAUGAGGUCAUUGGCCAUGACCAGCGCAAGGAAUCCUAUGUGACCGGCGGCCUUAUCCCCAUCCUGACAGAGGUGUUGAUCUCGAAACGGCCGGGGAAAGCUGGAUAUAAUGGAUCUGUCGUGGGCCAGAGCCCCCAGGACUGUGAUGCCUGUCUCCAGGCGAUUCUCAUUACUGGGAGCUUGGCACAAGGUGGCCCGACCUUUCUCGCUCCUAUAUUCUCCAGCAAUAUUCUCCCGACCCUCCUAUCCAUUCUCUCUUCCCCAGACUGUCCUGCGUCAUUCGGUCUUCCGAUUCUCCGGCUCUUAAAUACCAUUGCGGAUCGACUACCGUUGCAGAGCCAGGAGCAAUGGCCCCGGGACAUGCGCUUGGCAGAUCUGGUGUUUACUACCGAGAAUAUCAGUUGUCUACGACGAAUUGUUGCGCAAGACUAUAGCUCCCCACGAAAUCAAGCAUCCAUCGAGUUGGCAGCUGGCCUUAUUGGGAAGUUAUGUACGGAAGAGGUCCACAAGACGGCCCUGGCAGAGUCUGGAGUGUUGGAUGCAUUGGCAGUCAAGAUUGCCUCAUUUGUCGUCGCCCAAGGUUUUGUCCUGCCCGACGCCGAAUCCCAUCUGCACGAACCUGGCGCAUUGGGGGAUCUGCCAUCGCCGGCCCCUGCAUCCGCCCAGCUAGCGCCGAUUCUUCGUGCAAUUACCGUGAUCAUCGAGCAGUCGAAGUGGCGUGCUGAGCAUUUUCUCUCGUCUCCAGGGAUUGUCACUGUAUUUCCCAAACAAGUUCCAGGAUUUGCCCCGUCCGACGUCAAAAAGGGACCGUGGGGGGCGACAUACCUAUCGGGCUCAGCGGUGCCCCGCCCAAUGGGUGCAAACCCCGUCGAUUAUCUUCUACCAUCAAUUCCACUAGCACAUGCGAAGUCAUCCACCAGCGCAGCCAAUUUUCCACCUCUAGGCCAUGGGGGCUCGCACCGUCGUCAUAGCCACUCUUUUCCGACCCCAUUCUCGUUUGCCGAUAUGUCAACGCCGGAUGAGGAUGAGAAUUCCAUUGUGCCAUGGCUCCUCUGUAUCCUCCGCGCAGAAAGUGGCAUGUCACGGCUAAUGGCAGCCCGUCUUGUCACUGUUCUUUUCCGCUUGGGAUUGGCCAAGAAGCAUCGAGUCUCGAUGUUUAGCUACUUGUUGAUUCCGAUCCUCAUUCGAAUGCUGGACAAAGACUUUCGGUUGCCGAAUGAGGAUAAUGUCACUUCUGACGGAUUAAUCUCACCUACACAACGCAUGAAAGAGGAGUCACCGGCCGUGUUGGCUAACCUAGUGAUGGACGACCAAGAGCUGCAGAAACAUGCGGUGGAAGGCGGUGCGCUAAAAAGGCUGUCACAACUCCUUAAAGAAACCUACAACCCGGUACCGGAAAGUUCCCGGCCGAUGUGGCAGGCAGAAGGCGGCUGUCCGGUCUCGGAUCCCGAGACGUUAACACCGGAGUGUCGGCUCGGUCCUCCGGGGUACUCCCCGACACUUUGUCAUGUUAUGCGGUACCGCGAAGGGAUUCUGAAAGCUCUGGCAGCUCUCGUUCCUUUCAAGGAUGAGUACCGCAAAGCAGUUUGCGAGAAUGGCGUGGUUCCAUACAUCAUCGACUCUCUCAAGCCCCGGCCGAGUGAUGCCCCAGCCGACACUUCAAUGCCUAAGAACACCGCGGCCGAUGGCAAUCCAACUCCGACGCUGCUAGCUGCCUGUGGCGCGGCUCGUAUGUUGACAAGAUCAGUCAGUGUGCUAAGAACCAGCCUCAUCGAUGCUGGGGUGGCUCAGCCUUUGUUUGUGCUUAUUAGCCACCCCGACCUCGAGGUACAGAUCGCGGCAACGGCGGCAAUUUGUAACUUGGCGUUAGAUUUUAGCCCCAUGAAAGAGGCCAUCAUCUCCGCCGACAUUAUCCCCAUUCUUUGCGAGCAUGCCCACUCGUCUAACACCAAGUUACGGAUUGAGUCAUUGUGGGCGCUCAAGCAUGUAGUCUAUAACACUGCCAACGAUAUCAGGAUGAAGGUUGUCGAGGCUCUGGGCCCGGAUUGGAUCCGACAGAUUAUCAGCCAAGACCCACUCCGCGCUUUAGCUAAACGAGGAAUGGAAGAAGAGAUGGAUCACGGCGCCGGGCUUGCCAUGGGCCGAUCCAAUUCGGCUGGUGAACAGGUGGACAUUCUGAAUCCCAUGGAAGAUGCCAGCGAGCGGGAGGAGGAUCUCAAGAUGACCGACACCAUGCCCCCAUCAAAAAUGAGUCUGGAGAUGUUUCUGCCCGAUGCCAGGCGUCGGCGCAAACUCGUUUUGCACGGCAGUCUGGAGCAGUCUACUCAGUCUCGACAAGAUGAUAUUGCCGUGCAGGAGCAAACAUUUGAUUUGUUGCGCAAUAUUAUCUGCGGCCCCGGUGCAUCUGAGAUGAUCGACCACUUCUUCCAAGAAAUCGGAAAGGACGACAUUCUCGAUGCACUUGCAGACAACCUGCGUCCACGCUCGAUCCAGCUUCCCCAUCGGCGCGAAUCUUCGAGCCGGUCACUGCACGUUCCAGUGGAGAUUUUAACCUCGGUCACCGCACUUAUUAUCCAUCUCGCUGCCGGACUUCCGCGCCACCGAGAACUCCUCGUUUCACAUCGCGACCUACUGCGCUCGCUGACCAACUAUUUUACUCACAGUCACCGAGAAGUGCGGGUCAAUUGCGUCUGGGUGAUCAUCAACCUCAUUUAUGAAGAGGAUCAGAGUGACCGCGAGGGCUGUCGAGAACGAGCGGCCCAAUUACGGCACCUGGGCGUGGCGGACCGGCUGGCUAGUCUUGAAGAUGACUCGGAUCUGGAUAUCAAGGAGCGCACCAAGACGGCGGUUCAUCUUCUGAACUCGUUGGCUCCGGCGUAA